AUGGAAGAAGACAACGAAACUCUCGACUGGGGCCAGGAAGAUGAAGAACAGCAGGCAGUACUCAGAAAGGCUUCUUUUGACCAGAGCAGCCGCAGAGACUUUGCAGACCAGGACGAUAUCGAGGACACUGUUUCUCUAGGAGAGGAUGAAGAUGAACCGAUAUACUACAACCAACCUCAGGACGCGCCUAGGAGCGCCCACGAUACGCCUCUAGCGUCGGAAAUCUCGGACAGACCGCCCUCCUCUCAGCGGCGUUCAGAUGACUCGGGCGCUAAUAGCCAUCGAGACUUUCGGUAUCGCGACGUCUCCAGGGAGGAUGAAUAUCGUGGAACCUCGUCCAGCCGGGACUCUUAUAGGCCUGCAGAGUCAUCCCCAAGUCAGCGCCGCUCGGCCAACCAGUCUUCUCCACGACCUCACCAGAAUGGCAACCGCAUCACCCAUGCCCUCCCACCAAAACCAGCUCUGGCACAAGUGCCUUAUUUGCCUCCUUCCCAUCCGUCUAUGGUCGAGGCAAUCGGUAUGGCAUCAACUUCUAUGUCUCCGCCAAGCAGAUCAAAUAUGCGCGAUCCAAAAAAGUUGAAUGGGUCCCAUGCAAGAUCUCGUUCGCCAAUGCAAUCGGAGCUCCCACCCGGUUGGGAGAAGCGACACUCAAGGCACGGUGGACAUAUUUACUAUUAUCAUCCAGAGACGGAAGAGACGACUUGGGACUUUCCCGUGAGCAAAAUCCCUUCCACCUCUUCUCAUGGGGGAUACCAGAGGCGCCGUCGCCCCAGCGCGUCUUCUGGUCACAUGAAUUUGACUUCGCCUGACUCUAAUAACCAUCACUCGCAGAAUUCACGCCCAAGGCAACAACUGCCCCACCAACCACAGGAAAAGGAAGAUCAUGCAAAUCCUGCGCCGUCUGACCCCGAUGGUCUUUCCUAUGAAGAUCGACAUUACCGACCAGGGGGCGCUGAUCCUGCCUCUGCUGCUCUUGAAAUCAAGGUCCCAGAACGGUUAGAUGGUUCAGCUUUGCGUUCUCAUGUGCGAUCACGAUAUGAUAAAUCGCCUUCGCCAUCUCGCCAUCGGAGGCGCCCAAGGUCAAUGUCUCCGCAGCCUGAACCUCGUGGCCCUCGUGGCCCUGCUAACGAGCGAGAUUACUCGCCUCCUCGCGGAAACGGUCGCUCUGUCCGUGACAGGAAUGUUAACACUAACCCAGAUCACGUCUCUCACAGGGAGAUUGACGCCAUGCCGUCUCAGCCCGAGUUUCCCAAUCGCCGUUGGGAAUCUUCGUCUAAUGCACCCGUCUCCGAUUUUUCUAGAGGCGAGCGUAACCCUCGUAGACCCCCUCAUCGUGACGAGGAUGAUUACAUGCGAGAACCGCGUUCUUCUGACAACAGGAACAGACCGUCAUUGAGGAGGAGAGAAAGCAGUCGCGGUCCCAGAGAUCGUGAUUUGCGCGACCGCGAACCGUCGCCGCCACCCCGCCCUUCCGACAAUAGACGAGACAAACCAAGCGAAAGUCAAAAUUACAUAUCUGCACCCAGAUAUAGAUCACCUCCGCGCCUACACGAAAGAGAAAGGGAGUCGGCGCGCAAUUUCGGACCACCACCUUCAGAUACUGGACCAUAUGCAGGACCUCCAUCGCAAACAAGACGAGACAGAGAUAGGCUGUCUCGCUUCGAACAGUCAGGUCCUACUGGACCACCACCUCCCGUAGGAGGUGGCCCAUCUCAUCGCGGCAAUGAGCAGUAUGCAGGACGACCCCGAAACUACGACCCGCCGGCCAACUUCGAUCAACCCCGACAUCGCGAAGAAAGGGCAAGAGAUAUGGAGCCAGAAAGAUCUCGUCGUGAUCCAAUGCCUGAUGUGCCGACGAUCAGGCCGCCCCCUCCUAAUUCAUACCCUGUUGGAGAACCUAAUCGCAUGUCAGUUGACAGGGCUAAACGAUUCACUGAUGAUUAUAGUCAGGCUCAGGCUCGGCCAGAGGAACCGCCGCAUCACCGCAGGGCACCGCUGCCUCCUCAAAACCAGUCAUUCACAACAUCUAUCGUGCCUGGCCACGAACAUGAUAAAUUUCCAUAUAGACCUGGUUGGGCGAAUGGAGAUCCCACGCUCCCCAAGCAGCCUCGUUAUGAUAAUGAACGAGCAUUGCAAGGAGCAUCUGAUGUUCCAUAUCGACCACCUGGGCCAAGAUCGGAACGGCAAACACCCAACAUUCGUGAUCCACCUCAUCGGGCAGGUCCUCCCCAAAGCAACAACAUGGCCAACGAGUACGACAGAGCGAAACCAUCCAACUAUCCGCCUGCUUCGACAUUUGAAUCGAAGGAGUACUCUGGUCCAUCUGAUUCCUAUCGUCGGGAACGCAGAGAUCCAUCACCUCCCAGGCAUGGACCUGGUAAUGCUCUCAGGCAGCCACCCCCAUCCAUCCCUAUUCCCAGAGGAGAUGUUCGAUCUGAUAAUAGACAGGGCCCUGUUCCAGUAUAUCAAAGCGCUUUCAGUGACAGAAAUUCUUUCAACGAUCGGCGAGACCAGGAUAACCAACGUGACGGCCGAACACAGUGGAAAGAUAACCGACCUGGUAAUGCGUAUCCCGACAGAAAUAUGAUUCCUCCAAGGCGCGAUAUGCCUAACAGGUCUAUCGAUGCACCUCCACCAAGACAUCUUUCAGGCGGGCCUGUAUCUGGCACCAACAAUGUUCCAAUAGGUACAAGGCGGCCUGGUCCUCCGGGGUAUGCGCAACCGCCCCCUUCUGGCCCUGCUUCUCAGCCUAUGUCUGAGAUGAAGCCGCCAUAUAAUCCCGACGCACGACCUCCACCUCCGCACGAUUUGCGUCGUCGAGAAUCCACGGGUAACAUGGGAUCUAUACGCGGUGGCGAUUACGUCGAAGAUCCAGAUACUCGUCUUACUGACGAGCGUCGGAGGCAGUUUUAUAAAGCGAAAGAAGAAGCUGCUACGAGAGCAGCGCAGAGCCGAAUCUCUGUUAAUGAACAACGGCCAUCGCAGGACUAUGCAUUUGGCAACCAGGCUACAUCUCCGCCCUUGUCAAGAGAACCAUCAGCUAUGUCUGUGACUUCGGAUCAUCUACCUCCUCGCCCUCCUGCUCGAGACUUGUACGACAGUCGCCCAGAUAAUCGCUCAGAUAAUCGACCUCGAGGUCCCUCUGACUCGUACAGCAAAGGUGCACAGUACCAUAGUCCCAAUAUACCUCCACGUAGCGAACCCUCUAAGGCCGAUCCACCUGUCGAGAUCCCAGCGCCAAAUGAGCCGCCAAAAGAGCCUAGGCAUGAUCAGCAACGCCAGAAUCGAGAGCGAGGACCUACCAGAUGGGGCCCUGAAGUCAAGCAGUCAAACGAGCAGCCAAACGAGCAACCUCCAACGUCUGUGCGUGCAAAUUCUCCGCCGGCGCUUGCACGGCGCAUGAGCUCCGAGAGGCCUCCCCGAUUGCGCAAAUACCCAGGCGGUUCGGCGACUACUACUGGAGCUGAUAACGAUCUCCGUGGUGGUGGUAGCUCGAGCAAUAACACUGCUCCGUCCGAUUCUGGGAUGCCUGUGGAUGAUUUCAAGGACCGUCCGGAGCCCAAUAGACCGACAUUGUUGGAUCGUAUUUCGGAAGACAAUACUCAGCCGUCUUUGAGGGACAGACUUGUGCCGUCCAAGAGAGACCACGAUGAUCUGGACAACGGACAUCCCCGGGAUUCAUCAUACGACAUGGACGAUGGAAACGACAACAAACGAGUGCGCCGUCGCAAUCCUAAGGGUAAUCGGAGGGGUGGGGGCGGAGGGCGGAGAAUCAUCUCGUGA